UCUAAGCUGGUUCGCUAAUAAACACCAGAGAAGAAGCAGUGCAGGCAGCACGCAACACUCACGUCCUCAGUUUCUCUGCUGAUCUUCAAACUUCACGUGUGAAUAACAACGACAGUAGAAACUUCUCCGUCGUCAGGAGUGAUCAGAACCAUUCGGGCGGACAUGCCCAACUCGAUUGAGCCUGGAUCGAGGGUUUCGGACCCGCAGCAUUCCCAGAAGCUGCUCAGAGUCCUUCGCGCCUUCUGGCUGGAGAAGAGCUUCCACGAUGCUCUGCUGGUGGUUGAUGGAGAGGAGCUUCCUGUCCAGAAGAACAUCCUGGCUGCUGCUAGUCCCUACAUCAGGACCAAGCUGAACUACAACCCCCCAAAGGAAGAUGGGUCUACGUACAGAAUCGAGCUGCAGGGAGUCUCCAUGGCAACAAUGAAACAGAUCCUCGACUACAUCUUCUGUGGGGAAAUCCGUCUGAGUGAAGAGACCAUCCAGGACAUGGUGCAGGCGUCCGACCUGCUCCUCAUGACCGACCUCAAGUCGCUGUGCUGUCAGUUCUUAGAGAGCUGCAUCACCGCAGAGAACUGCAUCGGCAUCCGACUCUUCUCUCUGCACUACUGCCUCUACCACGUCCACUACGCCGCCACCGAGUUCCUGCAGACGCAUUUCCGUGACGUGGGGCUCACCGAGGAGUUCAGGGAGCUGCCCCGGGACCGGCUCUGCGAGGUGCUCGCCAUGGAAAAGCUGAACGUGGGCAACGAGAAGCACGUGCUGGAGGCCGUGGUGCGGUGGCUCGCACACGACCCCGAGGAUCGCAGGGUUCACAUGAAGGAAGUGAUGUCUUCAGUCUGGCUGCAGGCUCUGGACCUGAGCUACCUGAGAGAGCAGGCCAUGGGGGAGCCUCUGAUGAGGGAGGUGAUCAGAGAGCACUGUCAGCCCGCGCUGGCGGACGCUGGGCUGCAGGGCGAGGCUCUGCUCGCCGCCUUCAAACCCAGAGGUUACUCUGAGUGCAUCGUUCUCGCCGGAGGAGAAGAUCGCAAAAGCAGGAAGACGACGGCUGCGACGCGCUGCAUGUGUCCGCUGUACGACAGCAACAGGCAGGCCUGGAUCGAGCUGCAGGCGAUGAGCGUCGCCCGCAUCGGCCACGGGGUGGUAGCUGCAGAGGGUUUUCUGUUCGUGAUGGGCGGAGCCGAUGAGAACAACACAAUCCUGGACAGUGGAGAGAAAUAUGACCCUGACUCCAACACCUGGAGCCCCAUACCCCCGAUGCUUCAGGCUCGUCAGAACUUUGGCGUGGUGGAGCUGGACGGGCUGAUCUACGUCCUCGGAGGAGAGACCAAAGAAAUGGAGCUGAUCACUGUCGAAGCGUUUGACCCUCACAUCAAUACGUGGAAGCUGCAGACCAGCAUGACCAUGAUCCGCAAGGUCGGCUGCUACGCCGCCAUGAAUAAGAAAAUCUACGCCAUGGGUGGGGGCUCCUACGGGAAGCUGUUUGACUCUGUGGAAUGUUUUGACACCAAAACUCAGCAGUGGACCGGCCUCUGUCCUCUGAAAGAGAGAAGGUUUGGUUCGGUGGCGUGUGGCGUCGGCCAGGAGCUCUACGUGUUCGGCGGCGUGAGAAGCCAAGAACCUGACAACCCCGAGCAAAGGCAGAUGACGACCUGCAAAUCUGAGUUCUACCACGACGAGAUGAGAAGGUGGAUGUUAAUCGACGACCAAACACUGUGUAUCCAGACCAGCUCGUCCUUCGUCUACGGGGCUGUGCCCAUUGGCGCCAGCGUCUAUGUGGUGGGAGACCUGGACACGGGCACAAGCUUCGACUACAUCCGCGAGUUCCGCCGCAGCUCCGGCACGUGGCAUCGCACCAAGCCCAUGUUACCCAGCGACCUCUCCAAGACGGCCUGCGCCGCCCUGCGCAUCGCCAACUGUCGACUGUUCCGCCUUCAGCUGAGCCAGGGCAUGUUCCGCAUCCGGGUCUGAUGCCAGGACGCCCCCGGCUCGUCGACCCUGCGUCGUCUCCACGCUCCUCUACUUUUGCACACUGGUACUUUCUCCCUGUUGUAGUAGAUGUAUGAACACUAAAGUAUUGUAAUCGCUACAUGCUGACGGUCGGGGGGGUGGACCUGAGACCUUUUUACUUUAUGACUUGACAGGACAAAAGUUCAUCUUAACACAUUUUUAACAUUAUAGGUCUUAUUGCAAUUUUAUUGAGCUAAAUUAUGUUUUUUCUUUUUAACGUGGAAUUAGCAAUGUUUUUUCGUCGUUUAUAGUGUUUACAGGUGGUUGGUGGAGGGUUUUUAACUGAGAACAACAAAUGUAACGUCUGAGCGGAGCUGCUGUGGUGUAGCUGCAUGUUCGGUUCUGUUGUGUCGUACGAACGGUGGUGGACAUAAACGAUCCGGACGUUUACGAAGCGUUCACUCGGUUCCCUGCGCUCGCACUCGCCCUCCUCGUGCUCCAGCUUCAGUUCCUCUCGUCACGCUCAUGUUGCUUCUGUGCACAUGUGGAACAUCUGCUCUCUGGUUUUUUUUGGUGCAGCUCACAAACCAACGGGUGACGUCACAGCGGAUUGAAACUUGGGCUUCGUCCACACGACUCCGUUGUUUACAAACAGAUCCACUCUGCUACAGAUUCGUCUGACACGACUCUGAUUCGUCAGGCUCCUGUCACAUGACCUCCUUCACUCAGAAGUAUGAACAAACAUGGAGAAUCAAUGUGUUACUGAAGCUGUUGUCUUUGCUAACAGCGGUGGAUCAGUUCAAUUCUCUACUUUACAACUAAACAACUUUUUACAUGAGGAGGAGACGAGAUGUAAUUCCAGUAAUCUGAUUACACGGGCAGAACAUAGUCGUGUGGAUGUAGCCUUGAUCUGUCAGAAUCCAUUCAGAGGUCAUGUUGGGACAAAGAAGACUGAUGACAACUGUGUUAUUUUCAUGGUAACAAUCACGGAAAACAUCUUGUGAUCCUUAGGGGGUCUCAGCCCCUUGUUAGGAACCUCUCCUCCUCCUCCUCCUCCUCCUCCUCCUCCUCUCUCUCCUCAGAACCACACUUCUGCUCUCUGGUCACAGCUCCCCACUCUUCAGGCCGCUCGUGAACAAUGGAUGGUUAUUAUUAUUGAUGGCCGUUAUCCAAGACAAACUCGGCGCAGAAAGACGGAGCUGCCAGCAGCAGCGCCGCAGCAGACACGCUGGCGUUGUGCACACACACAUGCGUGCCUGCGAUCUAUAGGAGUUCACAGGCGUAACCAAGGACUUUUUUUUUUUAACCAUGAUCGUUCCCCAACGUUGACCAAAGCUGAUUUAAUAUUUUAUAAUGACAAUGAAAUUCCUCGAUCUUUAAACAAACUUUAACAAACAACGGCUUUGGAAGAAACGCUGAUGACGUCCUGCUGAUCAGAUCGUCAGAUCAGAAAAUGCAGACACGUCGUUCCGGAGCCAAACCAAAAAUAACAAACUGUUCAAAUUGCAGGACUUGCUGGUUCGGUGCCAGCGGCCAUGGACCAUGUUUCACCACAUUUUCUGCACGAGUGUCACUUUAGUCCUAAACUUCCCACAGUCUCAGUGUCUGAGGACCAUGAAGCCAGAAACUUCAACAGAGUAACAACCUGAGCUAUGCAGCAGAUUAACAGACAGAAAGCAAACCACAGACUAGUCCCAGCAUGCAUUGCACACGCUGAUUAUCUAUACAUGAUGUGAAAGAUGAUCUGACGUUGGAUUCCCGAGAAAACUCAGAGGAAACGAUUGUGUGACUUGUUUUUGAGACAGUUUCUGCAGUUUCUCCGUCGCUGAACGUUCACUCAGUGAAUAUUUGCAGACCAGCGCCUUGACGGGAUUGUCAGUUGUUAUCAUUGUCCGAGCUGCCGGGGCUCAGCCCGUUCAGAAAUAGACGUCACUGCAAGCGACACCCUCUGAGCUGUCGGAUGCGUUGCUGCCUCUGCGACCUUCGACCUGGCUUUCCAGUCAGUACAGUUUUGGCAUCUCUUGACCCCGUUUGUUCUGUGUGAGUUCCAGCUGCUGCUGUCUGUCCGCAGCUCCUGUGUAGACACACACACACACACACACACACACACACACACACACACACACACACACACACACACACACACACACACACACACACACACACUGAGUGGAGCUCACGGAGUCCUGAUACAAACACACCUCAUCAUAUUACAAAGCCAACACACCGCACACACACAUCAAACACACAGUGUUGGAGCUGAGGUCUCACCAGUGAAGACCAACACCAAGUCUUUAAAUUAUGAAGUAAUGCAACACUAAAACAUGACUAAAUACAAAGCUUAAGAGAGAAGAGUGCGAUCCCAUAUGACCUCACACCGGGGGAGGAAGUACGAAACGCCACGUUUCAAUAACAUGUUUCUUCGAAUGGACUGAGUGAAAAAGUCCGGAGCGACUGUGUCAUACUUCGAGGCCCCCUACCGACGCUUCAAGUCAUCACAGAUAGUAAAAGAACAGAAAAUGUAUUUUACACAUGGUCCCUUUAAACAAACACUGUAAAUAAUGAGUCGUUGUGUGGACAACUGAGAAACCUGUUGGUGUUGGGUUGGUGUUAUAUAUAAUAAUUUCUGCUCAGACUACAGUUUUAAGAAAUGAAAUUCUAAAUUCUCACGGUGAAGUUGACCAACGUGAUCCGACGUCUGAUUACUGCAGCAUCACGUUCCCGUCGCUGGUGACACGUCACAGCAGCUGAGACGAUGUCACGUCACCUGAUCUUAAUUCAAACAUCCUUCAUUGAUCGGUUCCACUUUUCACGGUCGACGGUUCACACUGAAUACUUUUCCUCGUCACUCUGAACUCGAUGUUGAAGCUUGACUGUGAAUGUUGUGCUUCCUUAUUUUUUGCACAUUCCAUAGUGUGUAAUCAUUUACAGUAAAUACUCCAAUAAGUUUCUGAGCUGCUCUGUGUCCUAAACACUUGUUCUGACACGAACACCCGAUGACUGUGUGUUGUGAUACACUGGAAAACACAAUAAGGGAAAAUAAAAGCAGUGCAAACUGACAGUGGACGAGUUUUAAAGUUAUGUCAUGAAAGACGUGAAGUGAGACAUGUUUCAGUUUGUACUUUUGUAACUCGUACGUGAGGAAGUUUUGUACGAUCAUGUGUCACUCAGUUACGUCAAAGGAAUUAAAACCUUUAAGUGUU